AUGACUCGCUCCAUCGCCACAAUCCGCCGUCUCCGCACGAUCGAGGUGAACAGGUUGCGCGAAAUCGCCAGUUUUGCCACCGAGACUUUCGAGAAACCUCAGACGGACACCGACGCUCGAGGAAUACGCAGCAAGCUCAUGGUUGCUCAAGCUCAUUUCGACAAGGCAUCCGAGUUCGACAUCGAAAUACUCGACCAUCCCGAUCUGUCCGAAGAUGAGCUCGAGCGCGAAACCAAGAGCUACGAAGAAAAUCGCGCUCUCGGUCUACAGUGCAUUGCCGAUCUCAACGCGUGCCUGCCGUCGACGACCGGUGACGUUAGGCCUAGCAACGUGAGUGCCGCAUCCACGAAUCUUGGUGCGCCGACCGAGCGGAACGCUCUCGAGGAAGAUCCGCUGCCAACCUGCCCGGGUGUUCCGAGUUCUGCUGACGUCACACCGGAGCCAUUCGACGGCGACCGACUCCAAUAUCGCUCGUUCAUGGCACAGUUCCGAAACUGGAUCGAGCGGAAGAAGAAACUCACGCCGCUCGACAAGCUGGUUGUUCUCCGAAAACAUCUGAAAGGCGAAGCGAAAGCUUUGAUCGAAUCCCUGCAGAUCAACGACACGAACUAUGACGUAGCCAUUAGUCUUCUACAACAAGCCUUCGGUCAAGUGAACAUCGAGCGCCAACAAAUCAUGGCAACACUCUUCAACCUGCCUCGCGUGAAGUCGUCUUCAGACCUGGCUGGUCUCCGAAGUCUCCUCAACAUCGUUCAGGCAUCGAUCCAGAGAAUGGACGCCUUGGGAGCACCGCUUGCAGAGUACGCUCUCGCUCUCGAGCCGGCUCUCCAUGGUGCGAUUCCUUCGAACCUGAUCUUUGAUUUUUCCGAGUCGUCCAGCAAGGCGGCUCUGCUCACCCCAGCCACGUCAUCGACCUCUUCCUCGACAUCGAGCUCGAGUGCGCUCUCGAAUCAGGCUGCCGAUAGCAUAAAGGGCCUAAUCGACUACCUACGCCGAUAUGCGAGCCAUCGAGAGCAGACGGCCUUGACACUCCAGCGUAACCAGACAUCUAGCGAUCAGGAUCGGAGCUCAACGCAAAGAGCACCAUUCCGCAAACACACCUCUUCUAACCCGCGAUCCGCAUUUUCGACCGUAUCUGCUGUCACCAGCUCUCAGAGUGGAAGCCGUCUCUGUUUCUUCUGCAAGCAGCCAAACCAUCGACCGUCGAGAUGCACCGCAAAACUCGAGCCCAAGGAUCGACUUCAGAUUCUCGACAAGUUGAGACGAUGCCAUCGAUGCUUUCGUUUCCGUCAUGACGACAAGACCAGAUGCAAGGGACCCCGAGAAGAUUGUACGAAAUGCAAGUCGAGCGAUCACUAUUCGGUCAUGCACUGCGAAGACUUGAAGUCUACGGUUUCUGUAGUGUCGACCACCGACGACGAGCGAUCGAUCCCUGCCGUUCUCCUCCACACGAGCACUCACGACUCGGCACGGGUGGACGUCAACGCAUACGAGUACGACUUCAUGGUUGAUCCGUCGCCUCGGUGCUCCGAAAAAGAUCGCAAAAUCAUCGAUGGCUUCGCGGCGACCCACCGUCUGGCUGGCUCCGCGCUCGCUACGAACACAGCCGGGCCAUCGGUCUCGUUGUUGAUAGGGAGGGAUCAAUUCUUCAAGAUCGCUCAUGUCGGCAUCGAGCAGACUCUCGAGGGGGAGCUGGUCGCCCGCGGAUCUAUACUCGGAUGGAUAAUCGGUGGAACAGCCGAAAGGGCGAUCGAGCCGCGGCUGGAGCUGCUGCAGGCCAACGUCCACUGUUGUGUGGCGAGCAUUUCGCGCAACGCCGAGGAGCUCGAGAGACUAUGGAGUCUCGAGGCAAUCGGCAUCGAGAAGGAAGAUGCUUCUCCUCUGAGCUCCGACGAGCUAAGCGCGACUCGUCAGUUCAAGGACAGCCUGAAGUAUGAGAACUCACGAUAUACGGUCAGCAUGCCUCGCAGACCGGGCGUCGAAGAGCUCCGCGACAACCUCGAGCAGGCUCUUGAUCGUCUAAACAGCAAGCUGAGGGGGCUCCGCAGCCACCCGGUCACCUACAGCAGGUAUCACCAGGAGGUCAUGUCAUUCGUGGAGCAGGGACACGCGGAGGAAGUCGGAAAGUUUUCGGCCGAGGUCUACCGGCAGGACUCUUCGCUACGCCAAGGCUCCUACUUUAUGCCUCACCACAACGUCGUUACCGCUUCGGAUAAGGGAGAGAAAUGGCGAAUUGUAUUCGACUGCUCCUCCUCAGCGCGUGGCUGCAGAUCUCUCAACUCAUAUCUGCUCCCUGGCCCCAACCUCAACCCGGACAUCGUGGGAGUUCUCUUGAACUUUCGUCUCCACGCUGUCGCGGUUUCCGCGGACAUAGCUCGAGCGUAUCUCUGCAUAAACGUGAGCGAGUCUGAUAGGCAAUUGUUUCGCUUUCUGUGGCAGGGACCCGAGGACACUCAACCCCGCUGCUACCAGAUGAAAAAGGUCACCUGGGGAGCUACCCCUAGUGGCUUCCUUCUUGCCGCCACGCUUCGCGAGCACUUUUUACGUGUCGAUCCCGAGUCCACCAUGCGCUUGGGGGAAUCGUUCUAUCACGACGACCUUCUGAGAAGUUUCCCAUCGGUUGCUGACGCGAGGAUCUUCGCCGACACGAUCCAAGACAAUCUGCGUUCUGCCGGCAUGGAACUUGCGAAAUGGAAGACGAAUUCCCGCCCACUCGCGGAGCACCUCACUCGUCGAGGGGUUCCGGAAGCUGCGUUGAAUCUGGAUGCGGGAAAACUCCUCAAAGUUUUGGGAAUUUCCUGGCAUCCAACGGAAGACUCCUUCCAGUUCGCUCUCGACCAUGUCGUGGAUCGGGCAAGGGCUACGAGGAUUCGAACCAAACGGUCCGUGUUGAGGCUGGUUGCCUCCAUCUACGACCCUCUGGGCUGGCUCGCACCAUUCCUCAUUCGUGGAAAGCUCCUUCUCAGGGCGCUCUGGGCCGCCGAUCUCAAAUGGGACGAUCCUCUCAGCGGCAACUUGACUUCAGAUGCGCAGACCUGGACAGAAGAGGUCCCGGCUCUUUCGAAGGUUCGCAUCCCACGUUGCAUUGGCGUUCGCGGCGUUCCUCCCACCGGUCGUCAUCUCCAUCUGUUCGGGGAUGCGUCACCAAUCGCCUACUCUGCUGUGGCCUACAUGCAGACCCUUUUCGCGGAUGGAACGUGCAAGACUUCAAUCAUCAUGUCCAAGACUCGUGUCGCUCCGCGGCAGCCGCUGAGCCUCCCUCGCCUCGAGCUCAUGGCCGCUCUCCUCACAGUUCGAUUGCGAAACUACAUCGUUGACCAGCUCAUGGUUCCGGUUGAUCGAGUGACGUUCUACACCGAUUCCAUGGUAACCUAUUAUUGGUGUACUGCGUCAUCAGCCGGUCGUUGGAAAACCUUCGUGAACAAUCGAGUGUCCGAGAUCCAGGCUUCAUCGACGGCUGAUCAAUGGCAUCAUGUCCCCGGUUCGCUCAACAUAGCUGAUCUUGCCACGAGGGGUGUCUCGGCUGGAGAACUCAGCAGAAACACCACUUGGUGGCGCGGGCCGGAAUGGCUGUCUCUCCCGGAGACUGAAAGACCCAUUUCGCAACCAGGCCAAGACGACACGCCAUCCCUUUCGGCGGUCGACAACGAAUUGCGGAUGACCAGCGCCGCGAUCACCGUACGUCCGGAUUGCCAAUGCUUGGUCGACAUCAAGCGCUACAGCACGCUGGGAGCGGUUGUCCGAACGACCGAGAUGAUCUUCAGGUCUAUACGACGUAUGCGCAAACUGCCGCCCAUCACCGCAUCCUGCUCGCGUCAACAGGCUCUCAACCAUCUCAUCAAAUGGACUCAGCGACAACACUUCCCGCGAGAACUCGAGGCAGCAUCGGCCGACGACUUCCCCGCUCGGAACUCCAAGGUGGCUGGUCUCAAGUUGUUCAUCGAUCAAGACGGUCUUCUCCGCGCGAGGACCCGACUCUACGCCAGCCCGCAUUUCACCGACGACGAAAAGACACCCAUCGUGAUCCCCGGAGAAUCACAUCUCGCAUCCUUGCUCAUAGUCGACGAGCACAGGGUCAACGCACAUCUGGGUGUAUCCACGAUCCUCGCAGCAUUGCGGCGUCGUUACUGGAUAACACGCGGCCGCCAGCGCAUCAAGUCGAUUCUGGGGAAAUGCGUGAUUUGUCGCAAACAACACGGUCCGACGCAAAAGGUUAUCGAGGCGCCUCUCCCGGAGUCACGUCUGAGUCCUGUCGUGCCCUUCCAGACGAGCGGUCUGGAUUUCUGUGGUCCAUUCCUCACCCGGCUCGGCUCGGAUACUCAGAAGAAUUACAUCGCUCUCUUCACGUGCUCCACCGUUCGUGCAGUGCACUUAGAGCUCGUGCCCUCGAUGACAACCGCGCAAACCCAUCUCGCUAUCCGCAGGUUCCUGAGUUUGUAUCCCGAAUGCUCCGCUCUGGUCUCGGACAACGCACGCUCCUUCGUCAAGGCAGCCGCUGAUAUCAAGCGCCUUUUCAAUUCGAAGAGACACCCGGACAUACGCGAGCUCCUGUCGAAGCACGGACUGGAAUGGAGGUUCAUCUGCCCGCGCGCUCCAUGGCACGGGGGAUUUUGGGAGCGGAUGGUUGGGACCGUCAAGGGCGCUUUGAAGCGAACGCUAGGGAGAAGUUUACUCACGUUCGAGGAACUUCGAACGAUAAUCGCUGAGAUCGCCGCCACCGUGAACAACCGUCCGCUCACCUACGUCUCAGGAGAUCCCGACGAGCCGACGCCACUGACUCCCUCGCACUUCCUGAGAGGCGCUCCCCUCCGACCGCCGCUUUGCUCGAUCACCCCGCUCGACGAGAUGAACAAAAAUCGCCUGCGCUCCGAUCUCCUCAACCGCACCACGUACUACAGAGCGCUCGCGACGCGUUGGCGUCGCGAGUAUAUUACUCAACUCCGGAGCAUCAGCGAAACAGAGCGCGGCGGAAAGCCCGUCAUAAGCGUCGGUGACGUCUGUCUUUUGGAGGAAGACAACCGGCCACGGAUCGGCUGGCAGCUCGUCAGAGUCCUAGAGCAGAACAUCGGCCGCGACGGAGUCGUCAGAACGUACACGGUCAAAUUCGCCAACGGCUACGUGACGCGUCGAGCAGCAAGACUGCUCGUCCCCUAG